GUUCUUCCUGAUUUCUCCUCUCCUCCGCUCCCAACUCCCUUGCUCCUUCCUGCCUGGUCCUUUCGUUGCCAUCUUCGAGGCCACUGCAGUCUUCUACACCGCAAGAACAACGCGUCUCCACACAAUUCAGAUUACAGGUACUUGACUGUGUUGCAGUGCGUAUACGCUGGGGAGCAAUGGCCUCGUGAGAUUUGACGAGUGCUCCAUACACUUGACGGAAGACAGAACGACUCAAGAGACGUACAGAAUACGCGCUCCACCAGAUAUCUCCUCCCUCGCGCACGUCUCGCUGCACACGGACGAGUAGAUUGAUUGGAAGUCGCCCCCGAUAUGCUUCUUGGGCUGGCUGGAGUGGCCGUGCUGGCACUUGCUGCUCCGAUCCCACACAUCUCUGCUCCGGCUGUAUACAUGAACACAGUAGCACCGCGAAUGAAAAAAGCUACAUACCUUGCGAAUGUCACGAACCCAGCAUUGACUCGAGACUCGUGUGGCUCUGCUCGAGUGGGUGAUAGAGUGCUAUGGACCUGCAGAGAUACUGAGAACUAUGAUGUGGUUGCAAGGAAGCUUCAAGCGCUGCCAAUAGUGACCAAUACUGCCGCUUGGACCGACUUGAGCGUACAUGGUGGCCCAAGUCUGGCAGCUGGUCCAGUGGGGGCUGCUUCAGAUGGAGUGAAGCCAAUAUUGCUCAUGUACGGGGGUGACAACUUGACCCUCCCAGCAUACUUCCCCGUCCAAGAAACGCAAUGUCCAGACUCGGGAGCCUGCGAAGACGGAUCGCGCUAUGCUGUAUGGCACGAUCAGCCUCCUCUGAUCACACACCAGUAUGCGGAUGGCAGUGCCAUCGCCUACACAUGGAUCCCGAAUCAGCAAUUGAAGGGCAUCAACACUUGCAUCACCGAGAACCCUUCCCACUCUCUCUUCAAACAAACGUAUACACCAUCAGCGGACAUCAACGCCAUGCCACAUGUUGAAGUCGUGGCCCCACGCUUUUAUCGCGAAAACCAGAUCGGCUUCGGGCGAUACGGCUCCAUGAUGUACAACAACACCGCCUAUCUCUAUGGCCAAACCUCCGACCGUCACACCGUCCUGGCACGCGUUUCCGCAGAUCAGAUCGAAAACCUCUCCGCAUACGAAUACUACCAAACCACCACUCACACCUGGAUCGACACCGCUCCCGUUUUCAACACCUCCCACGAAGCCAUCACUACUCCAUCAUCCUCGGGCACAUUCGUGUCUCGCAUCCCCCUCAUCGCACACAUCCAAUCCAGCUACAUCAUCCCCAACGCGGGCUACGGCGGCCAAGGCACAUUCUACUACAGCUCCUACUUCUCCCGCUUCAUCUGGAUCGGACAAUCCUCCGGACUCGACGGCACUUCGGCGCACUUUUACAUCACAACCGCUCCCGCGCCCGAAGGACCCUGGGAAGCUCCGACGAUAUUGUUUGCGGGCGAAAAUGGAGAUGAUGCCAUCGCGGCCGCGUAUACGUUGCAGGCGCAUCCGGCGUUGCUGCCAAGUGGACCCGAGGUGGCGAGUGAAAAUGGGAUUUAUGUGACGUGGACGCAGCAGUGGCAGGAAGGGACGGUGGCGAGUAGGUAUGUCACGCCUUUGGUGUGGUUGGAGUUUGAGUAAGUACAUGUAGUAGUGGUAGUAGGACCGAAGAAAAAGCACACACACACAUCACAUACUGGGUAUGUAUGUGGAGGAAGAAGCCCAACCCAGAUGGCAGCAUGAUAUGAGGAAUUUGCAAUCACUGGAUUCGGUCUACGAUAUGAUAUGUUAAGGUACAUGUUUCUAGCUAGAUAUACAGUAUAGAGAUUAUCAGCG